AUGCCCAUUCCCGGAGAAGUCGUCUUUUCGUUCGCCAUCAUCGCAGCUGUUGGCAUUGGCGGUCGAUAUGCCAUCAAGGAAUACCAAAAGUUCGAGAACUGGGGCAAGCCCAAGCGAUACAAUGUCGAUCACUGGGACCGAAAGAUGAUGGAGCGCGACAGCAGACUCACCGGAAAUGUCAACUUCCAAUCGGCCCAAACGAUCGCUCCCAAGUCAUUCUCGACAAACAGCGCGCUGGAGCUGGAAUAUCCUUUCAUGUAG